AAGCCCGCUGCGCGCCGCGAGUCGCAAAUGGACGCCGACGUCAUGACGUCAUGUUUCAUCAGACGCCUCCCGGUGUGGCGGGUCACGUGAACCACUUUUCGCGGGAAAACUGUUUUGCUGGAGCUGCGGAGAGGAGUGUGGCGCUAAGAUGGCGGAAUCAUCUGAAUCCUUCACCAUUGCCUCCAGCCCUGCCCGCCGUCGGCAAAGCAACGAUCCUCUCACCUCCAGCCCUGGGCGAAGCUCCCGGCGCACAGAUGCCCUGACCUCCAGCCCUGGGCGAGACCUUCCUCCCUUUGAGGAUGAGUCUGAGGGGCUAUUGGGCACAGAGGCACCCCUAGAGGAAGAAGAAGAGGAUGGAGAGGAGCUUAUUGGAGAUGGCAUGGAGAGGGACUACCGUGCCAUCCCGGAGCUGGACACCUACGAGGCUGACGGACUGGCCUUGGACGAUGAGGAUGUAGAGGAGCUGACGGCCAGUCAGAGGGAGGCGGCGGAGCGGGCCAUGCGGCAGCGCGACCGCGAGGCUGGCCGGGGCCUGGGCCGCAUGCGCCGUGGGCUCUUGUAUGACAGCGAUGAAGAGGAUGAGGAUCGCCCCGCCCGGAAACGCCGCCUUGUGGAGCGGGCCACGGAAGACGGUGAGGAGGACGAGAUGAUCGAGAGCAUCGAGAACCUAGAGGACCUUAAGGGCCACUCUGUGCGCGAGUGGGUGAGCAUGGCCGGCCCCCGACUGGAGAUCCACCACCGCUUCAAGAAUUUCCUGCGCACCCAUGUGGACAGCCACGGCCACAAUGUCUUCAAGGAGCGCAUCAGUGACAUGUGCAAAGAGAACCGUGAGAGCCUGGUGGUGAACUACGAGGACCUGGCAGCCAGGGAGCACGUCCUGGCAUACUUCCUGCCAGAGGCGCCAGCGGAGCUGCUGCAGAUCUUCGAUGAGGCUGCUCUGGAGGUCGUGCUGGCCAUGUACCCCAAGUACGACCGCAUCACCAGCCACAUCCACGUGCGCAUCUCCCACCUGCCCCUGGUGGAGGAACUGCGCUCACUGAGGCAGCUGCACCUGAAUCAGCUGAUCCGUACCAGCGGGGUGGUGACCAGCUGCACAGGCGUCCUGCCCCAGCUCAGCAUGGUCAAAUACAACUGCAACAAGUGUAGCUUUGUGCUGGGGCCUUUCGCUCAGUCCCAGAACCAGGAGGUGAAGCCCGGCUCCUGUCCUGAGUGCCAGUCUGCUGGCCCCUUUGAGGUCAACAUGGAAGAGACCAUCUAUCAGAACUACCAGCGCAUCCGCAUUCAGGAGAGUCCCGGCAGAGUGGCGGCCGGCCGGCUGCCCCGCUCCAAGGAUGCUAUCCUCCUCGCCGAUCUGGUGGACAGCUGCAAGCCAGGAGACGAGAUAGAGCUGACCGGCAUCUACCACAACAACUACGACGGCUCUCUCAACACUGCCAAUGGCUUCCCCGUUUUUGCCACGGUCAUCUUAGCCAACCACAUAGCCAAGAAGGACAACAAGGUUGCCGUGGGGGAACUGACCGACGAAGAUGUGAAGAUGAUCAUCAGCCUCUCCAAGGACCAGCAGAUCGGGGAGAAGAUCUUUGCCAGUAUUGCUCCCUCCAUCUACGGGCACGAAGACAUCAAGAGAGGCCUGGCACUGGCUCUGUUCGGAGGGGAGCCCAAAAACCCAGGGGGCAAGCACAAGGUGCGAGGUGACAUCAAUGUGCUCUUGUGCGGAGAUCCUGGCACAGCCAAGUCUCAGUUCCUCAAAUAUGUUGAGAAAGUGUCUAGCCGUGCCAUCUUCACCACCGGCCAGGGGGCUUCAGCUGUGGGCCUCACAGCAUAUGUCCAGCGGCACCCUGUCAGCAGGGAGUGGACCUUAGAAGCUGGAGCCCUGGUUCUUGCUGACCGAGGAGUAUGUCUCAUCGAUGAAUUUGACAAGAUGAAUGACCAGGACAGAACCAGCAUUCAUGAAGCCAUGGAACAGCAGAGUAUCUCCAUCUCGAAGGCUGGCAUCGUUACCUCACUACAGGCUCGCUGCACCGUCAUUGCCGCUGCCAACCCCAUAGGCGGCCGCUAUGACCCCUCACUGACCUUCUCAGAGAACGUGGACCUCACAGAGCCUAUCAUUUCCCGUUUCGACAUCCUGUGUGUGGUGAGGGACACAGUGGACCCCGUGCAGGAUGAGAUGCUGGCCCGUUUCGUGGUCGGCAGCCACGUCAGACACCACCCCAGUAACAAGGAGGAGGAGAGGCUGGGCAGCACCCCAGAACCCACCAUGCCCAACACAUUCGGCGUGGAGCCUCUGCCGCAGGAUGUCCUGAAGAAGUACAUCAUCUAUGCCAAGGAGAAGGUCCACCCGAAGCUCAAUCAGAUGGACCAGGAUAAGGUGGCCAAGAUGUACAGUGACCUGAGGAAAGAAUCCAUGGCGACAGGCAGCAUCCCCAUCACAGUGCGGCACAUCGAGUCCAUGAUCCGCAUGGCAGAGGCCCACGCACGCAUCCACCUGCGGGACUAUGUGAUCGAGGAUGACGUCAACAUGGCCAUCCGUGUGAUGCUGGAGAGCUUCAUCGACACGCAGAAGUUCAGUGUCAUGCGCAGCAUGCGGAAGACCUUUGCCCGCUACCUUUCAUUCCGACGUGAUAACAAUGAGCUGUUGCUCUUCAUACUCAAGCAGUUAGUGGCAGAGCAGGUGACGUAUCAACGCAACCGCUUUGGGGCCCAGCAGGACACUAUUGAAGUGCCUGAGAAGGACUUGGUGGACAAGGCCCGUCAGAUCAACAUCCACAACCUCUCUGCCUUUUAUGACAGUGAGCUCUUUCGGAUGAACAAGUUCAGCCAUGACGUGAAGCAGAAGAUAAUCCUCCAGCAGUUCUGAGCCUCCACAGCAGCUUCCUCAUUCUGGCUGGGAAGUCUGUCCAUGCUCACUGCACCCCAUGCUUCAAGGAUACGAAACCCAACUGUGGGGGGACAGAGAGUGGUGGGGCCAGGUCUGGCAGUUGAACUAUCUGUCUUCCCCAGGCUGCUGGGCUUGGGUUGUGGCUGGGAAUGUUGCUGUUUAUUUCUUAGGCUCCUUUUCUGCUUCUCUCACCAUCUCGGGUGGGCAUGCUUUGCCAGUGUUUCUUUUCAACUGCCCAGUAACCCACCAUUUAUGGGAGGUCUGCCACCACUUCAUUCUGGAUCGAGUCUAGUAUGUUUAAGAUACAGCCUUUUAGGUGACUAAGCAUAUAAGGGUUUUACGAGAACUGUUGCCUUCUUGGCUUGAGUUCUGUAUCCUGGCUGCUUUGGCCACUUUGGCUAAAGAGCAAGUUCAAGGUAUAGGUAGUGCUCUUCUGAACUUCGUUCUGCACACCGAGGCUUCUGUGUGUGGAUAGGCUUCUGUGAGUGGAGAAACCGAGUGGGUAGGAAAUUGCCCCAACCCCUCUACCCUCUGUGAUGACACAGCUUGGUUUCCUAAAGGAGAAAGGGGUUGAUAUGCUAAUGAGGACCACUGUUCAUAUGGCUUACCCUUGCUGUAUUAAUCAUUUUCUCCUAUCUAAUAAUUUCCCUGCUUUCUUGUUUGUACAUUUAAUUUCUGUUUCUGUGGUUUAAAUUUUUAAUAAAGUCUAAAUACUUUUA